UGAUUAUGAUCAUGCGAAAAUUGCGCAUUUAAUUUAAAUAUUUCGCGGCAACAGUUUAUUUUCAAAAUGAUGAAGAUACUGCUAGUGAUAACGCUAUGGACGUUAUGCGAAGCGUCGUACCCUAGUCGGAUGGCGCUGAAGAUGAGGAAUCCCGUAGCGUUCCGUCCCGGCGUGAUGCUGCAGCGGCCGAUGUACCAGCAACGGAUCGUACCAACCGCGUCGAGGAGGGCCCCUUUCAUUUUGUACAGGAAUUUCCCGCACCAUAGAUACGCCAUGAAGCAUGUCAACCCAGUUCCAACUCGCAACGUCUUCAGCCCCUGGAAGACGACUAGGCUGCCGAUACCCAGCUCGACGCAGGAGUAUGACUUCGUGCGACCCAUGGCCUCUCCACUUAUACAGCCAGAUGGUACAGGUGCUAUCCACACUAUCCCAGCGCCUAACCUCAGUCUGUCCGAGAAGCCGAUUGUCGUCAUGGACUCCUCGGAAGGCAGUAGUGAGAGCGAAUCUUCUGAGUCGCCUCGGCCGACAUAUGAAGUAACGGAGAAAUAUGCUGAUCAAUCGAUCUAUCAACACAAUCCAAGAAUCGAGCAUCCAAUCGGAUUUUCCAAAGCAUCUACACUGUCCGCGGCAGAACUGCAAACUAUAAUGAGGAAUAAUGCAGCACUACAUAUAGCCUCUGAGUAUGGUCUACCGAUACAUCUAGGAACCCAACCUGUCUCGGAGAAUUCUGUGAUCCCACAUCAGUUCGCAAUGCAGGGCUUCCAUGGAACUCCCCAAGACUUUAAAGCGGCGGAAGGAUUAAUAAUGGCCCCGAACGGAAUAUACCAACAGUUCCCAACUAUAUUCCAGCAAUUUCCGCCAACUGAGUUCCUCCCAUUCACCCAAGAUUUUCCACCACAAGUACAAAUUCAAACACAAGCACCUGAGACCGAACCUCCUUUGUAUUUGUUACAAAAUGAACAGAUUACCAAACAGGUGCCAUCGUCAUUCGUUCCCAGUGAAGAAAAGAACUUAGUCCAAAGAGAAACACAACAAAGUCCAGUAAUAUCUUUAGUGCCUCAAGCAUUUACUAUCAAAAACGUUUCGGAAAAUAUAAUUGAUGUUGACCUUACCACUGCAGCCAUACCACAAAAUUCAACCGUUGACUUAGUAACAACCGAAACACAGACCACUAGUACAAUUAAGCAAGUUGAAACGAGUACAGAAGAUCAUAAAUCAGUACCUGUAUAUUACGCUCAAAUAGGUCAAAGCGUUGGUAAUGUUAUUGCAAAUGGAUUUUACACUGCAUUAAACGAUGUGAGAGCUACUAUGGGAACUGAAUUCGACAAAGUACAAAAUAAAACGAAUACACAAAAAGACAACAAAGUUAACAUAACUACAACGAUUCCACCCACGACAACCACAAGGGAAACAAAAGCUUUGUUCAUGCAGCAUCAAAAUCUUGAUAAAAAUGACAAAGUUGAUGCUCUCAAAAAUUUAAUUGCAACACCGUUCGAAAAGACAGCUGAAUCAGUUAACGUGGCUUACACUUUACUGCGAGCAAAUGAGAAACAGGCUAAAGUUAACCAAGACGGCGAAAUAUUUGCAGGACAACUAGUUGAAGCUAAAAUAAGCGAAGAUCAAGACUUCAACAAAGAAAAAUCUGUUUUGGCUAAUCGGCCACCAGUUCGUAUGUUUUCCGUAACAGAAAAGAGGGUCUCUGAACAAACUCCACAGAGAACAGUAGUUAAGGCCAAGAUACCUCCUAAAAGUAAACUGACGUUUGAUGAUAAAACUGGUGAACCAGUUUUGAGAGUUUACGCUAGUUAUGUUGAUAAUCCCGCACAGAAAGAAGCAGUAACUACGAAGCUAGCAAACAUGAAACGUAAAGAGGCACCAAGGAAACAGGAUAACUUUGAUUGGAAAACGGAUACUAUUAAAAGCUUCGACCAAGAUGAAGCUGGUAUAAACCAUAUGGCUCAGUUCGGGUUGAAGAUAAAGUCGAGAAGCGAUGAUUACAUGCCAAUAUUUGACGACUAUGAGGAGUAAAGUUGCGCCAUACGAUGUUUACAUCCUUUUACAAAAACAUUAUUAACUAUGCAGUGUCCGAAUGCACAGGAUAGGUUCUACUUGUAAAAAGAGGGUUUACUACGAAUUCUCAAAGCAGUAAUAUUUCAAUCAUUAUUUAGUAUAAUGGAUUCUUAUUUUUAGGAUGUUAUAUGUUUUAAUUUUUAACUAAUAAUGCUUUUAGCCAUAGCAGUAAACCGUUUGAAUACUAUUCUUUGUCCUGAGGGUUCUAAAAUCCAAACCUACUGGUAUUUUGACCAUUUGAACCAGACAUUCAAUUUGUAUAAGUAUAUUGCACAUGUAUCUUUUUUCAGUUCUUUUAAGAAAACGUCACAGAAUGUAUUUUGUGGGUAGUUUACAAUUUCAGUGUCAAACAUUGGCAAUAUCCAUGUUAUAUAAGGGCCUACCUUUAUUAUUCAUUGUUCUCAGGGCCUACCAUCUAUUUCCACCGAUGAUAUAAUUAUAAGAUAGCCAUAUCGCAUUAUAUAAUCAUCAAUUUUAUCUGUGUGGAGGUGCUAACACCGUGCGUUCGUAACCAAUGUGACUUCAUUGUUAUUUUCAUAUUCAAGUAACUACUAAAACAACAUUACAUCAAAAGGAAAUUACUUUGGAAUUAGUUACAUAGCAGCAUCUUAAGUUAUAAUCCCCAUAUUAUUAGAAAAAUCUCUAGUUGUUUAUAGAUGCCCCAACGUUUAAUUAAAAUUUUAAACUGAUGUCUCAAGGCUUAAAAUAAAGCAGUCUUAGUUUUACACAUAGGAAUCCUAAUAGCAAAUACAACCUUUAAGUAUAGAAAAAACUUGUCACCGAACGACUGCUCCCAGGGACCGUAUUACUAAAAGUUAAGAGUGGAAAUACUACACGCUGGGAGUACAACGGCGUAAAAUAGCUGUUUUAGAGCGUAACAAGAAAUGUAGUUUAAAAAUUACAGUGAAGGCGCUGUUACAAAUUUCUUUUUCGUAUCAAAUAACAAUUUGUGUGCUCUGAGUCUCGUUCGCGGCAACAAGGUGACACGUACACAUUUCUAGUCGGAUUUUAAUUUACUGCAGCAAACUGACAUUUGCUAGUGUCACAUGGUAAAAUAAUGUUGCCACAUUUAUUUUAAUAGUGAUGUUCCAGCUCAUUAGUGAUUCAAUUCACUUGCAAAAAACUAUACCUUAUAAUAAUAAUAAUAAUAAUUCUAAAUAUGAAUUAAAGUAAGGUGUCAAUAGGUAUUUAUUAAUAAAUAAUUGCAAUAUAGGCAGAUUAAAAAAACGCAUCGUGUCAAUCAUCUCUUUUUAUCACAUCACUAUUUUCGUCCCAUUAAAAUUCGAUAACACAGUUAACGUCCGUUUACUCCAGCGAAUUAUUAUUCCGACUUUGUCUUGUUAUUAAGAUUUCUAUAGUUUUAUACAUUCCUUAGCGUUAACAUUAAUUAACUACUACUAAGUAAAAAUAACGAUUUUAAGUAUUUAUGUGUAAAUAUACUCUGUAUUAUGUUUAAGUGCCUAACCUUAUUAUUUUUAACGAGAUAUUUUAUGCAUUUAGAU